AUGAACCCUACACAAAAUGGCUUGUCCAAAUCUGCGAAUUUACAUAUCAAUUUACAGAUAGACCAAGCAGUUUGUGAAUCCAAACCCGACGUGGGCUCAUCAAGAAAUACUAAUAGCUUAAAUUUCGCAACCAACUCAACUCUAAUUGAUAAUCUCUUAGGUUUAAAACAAAAAAGGAUUCUAAUGUUUAUUAUGUUAUUAGUUUAUUGGAAACAGAAAUACUCUGAUGCAGUAGCAGGUACUGAUUCUGGUUAUCUCAAGUACGUGGAAAAUUGUAACGACCCACGCAAGGUAGAGGUCUAA